GUGUUUUCGGUGGGGAGGAAAGAAAAUAUCCUGACAGGAGUAACAGAUUUCAGCUCUGUCAUCUCUCCUAUUAUUGAAGCAGCAGCAGUCAGUUUAACUCACGCCUUUGCCAUCUUUGGGUUGAAAGCUUACUGGAACUGUAUCUGCAGGGGGAAAUAUCCUUCUCUCCAGUGCUGUGCAAUGUCUUUCUUCGUCAAGAGGAAGUUGAUUCUUGUGGUGAGUUUGAUUCUCGUGGUCUCACUGUUUGUGGCGGUUUUCCAUUACACACAAGACAACCCUUCACUUCUCCUCCAGCCGUACCUAGGCCAAGGUGGAAUUUUCAACAGAACAAGAGUUUUCACCCAUCCCAGCGAGAAUGAGCAGCUCCAUGACCUGCCUGGAUACAUCAGUGUGAUAACACUACAGCCUCUCCGCCUGCACUGCGACCUGUGUAGCAUCGUAUCGAGCUCCGGCCAGAUGCUGGGCCAGCGAGCGGGUUCCGUGAUCGACCGUACGGCCUGUGUGUGGCGUAUGAACAACGCACCCACAGCCGGAUUCGAGGCAGAUGUCGGCACCAGGACCAGCGUCAGGGUGGUAUCUCACACCAGCGUGCCCCUCCUCAGGCAGAAGCAGCAGCAUUACUUCGGAGAGGCCAACGAGACCAUCUACGUGAUCUGGGGGCCCUAUCGGAACAUGCGACGGGACGGGAAAGGGGCCACCUACAACGAGCUGCGGCAGAUGGCAAGGAACUACCCCCAUGCCAAGAUCUAUGUGACCACCGAGGAGCGGAUGAACUACUGUGACAAGGUCUUCCAGCGGGAAACGGGAAAGGACAGGGCACAGUCAGGUACUUACCUGAGCACUGGCUGGUUCACACUCCUUCUUGCGAUGGACGUCUGCCAUAAAAUCCAUAUCUUUGGAAUGAUUAAUGAUACCUACUGCAGUUUUCACAGAGCUGAAGGGCACAAAAAAGUUCCUUAUCAUUACUACGAAGCCGGGAGUCGAGAUGAAUGCGCGGAGUAUGCCAUUCACGAAAAUGCCCUCUAUGGAGGUCAUCGGUUUAUUACUGAGAAAACUGUCUUUGCAAAGUGGGCCAAGAAUCACAACAUAAUCUUCUCACACCCAGCCAGCAUCUAUCCUGAAUCAGGCUCUUAGAGUCUGAGCAAAAACUGACCACACCAGCGGCACAGAGAGAACAAAAAGGUCAUUGUCGCUCCAUUAUAUUCACUGUGGGAUCAUUUCUCCUUCUGUUGUCCGUGCGAGAACUGCAUAAAGUUUGGCACACACCUGAACGAACCCUUUACAGCUGUCGUGAAAAUAAAAGGAACGGAAAUCUGCAACCAUUUGAAGUAUUAUUUUUUCACUGCUUUGGUACUGUAUAUGAAACAGAAGCACUUUAAGCAUUGUCAUCAGAGCAUCAGACAAGGUUUAAAUUACAUUCUGAGUUUAAAAUGUGAUGUAGAUGAUCAAUAUGUUGGAGGACUGGGAUAGACAUGAGCCUUUUAAGCUUGACACCUCAGCUCUGAGCCAGCUCAGGAAGAUGGAGGUUUCCUCGCUGUAAUGGUGCUAUGUGAAUUGAAUUACAAUGUAUUGGAAUCGAGUUCUACAGAGCACUUAAGCUACACAUUGAAAAAGGAAACGGUCUUUAAUUGGUCAUCGUAUCAGUGUGACAGGCCACAAGCUGGAUAUUCUGCGAUAUAUCUCUGUAAUUCUCCAGAAGCCUGUCUACCAUUAACAAAGUACAAGUUAGGAGUUUGAAGAAGUGCUCCCCACUUCCUGGAUAAGUGCAACUCCAACAACACUCAAGCUUGACAAAAACCGGGACAAAGUAACCUGUUUGAUGCGAGCCCUGCCCACCAACUUAAACGUUCACUCUCUUCACCACCAACGCUCAGUAUUUUCAUCUGCAAGAUACGUUGCAACAACUUGUCAAGACUUCUGUUUUGAUAGUCUCAUGUAUUGUAAUAUCUAGAAAGACAAUGACAGUGGAUGCAUUAGCCACCGCUUACAAGUUCCCCUCCAACUCACACACCAUCCUGACUUGGAAAUGUAAUUGCUGCUCACUGUCAAUGUAUCAAAGUUCUGCAGCUCCCUUCCCAACAGCACUGUGGCUCCACCGACCCCACAUAAGCUGCAGUGGUUCAAGAAGGCACCUUAUUAGUUUUUAGAUGGUGCAAAGUGAGGUGGCAAAUUGAAGGGACAGAAAGGCUGUAAAGAGAAAUGGAUGGGGAAGUAUACAAUAUGUUGGCCAGGAAGGAUAUCUUACAUUCUUAACCUGUUGCAUUAUAUACAGUUACGGAUGCAAUAGAGUCAUAGAGGUCUAGCACACGUAAAAAGGCCCUUCAGCCCAUCGAGUUUGCACCAGUCAACAGCAACCACCUAACGUUUCAAAACUCAUUUUCCAGCACUUUGGCCCAUUGCUUAUUUGCCCUGAUA